GGAAAAUAAUUGACUGGCUUCUAGGGGCGCGUAUCGGAAGGGAAGCGACUCUAGCAAAAGAAUAAAAAGUGAGUAGAGAAGACAAACAAAAGCAAAUAAAUGUUCUUUAACCUUAAGGGAAGGCAAGCGGUAGCUUCAUUAGAUCCAGCCACACGCUAUCGCAUCACGCGUUCUCAGGCGAUGUCUCAGUGCGCCAACAAACCCCUCCUGUGGGUUCUUGAGGAACUCACCAGCGUUGUUGCCGUUGGGGGCCUCUCUGGGUCGCUUCACAAAGUUGAGUACUUUCUGUGUCUUUUGACACGCUUAUUGCAGAUAGGUCCUUCCCCAGACAUCGUGUUAGCUAUGCUUCGUCAGGAGCUGCACAAAUAUGUGAAAGUGGCGGCAUUGUUUAUAAUUCGAUUUAUUGGGAAUGACAUUAUGGUUCAAGAAGCAGUUAAGCUUGGCCUCGACGAUUACCGAAAGAUCCGAGUUUAUGGCAGUGAUGAGACUCCUGUAACGUUGUUUGUGACUCCAGGUGUCAAAAGACCAAGAGACAUGGAUGAAAGUAACCAUGAACUUCCAGUGGGAAACCAAGAAAACACUGAUGUAAUGGAAAGCCGAGAGCCCCCGCACUACUUUAUUCUGAAAAUGGAUGAGCUGACGGAAAGACUAUUCCAGUUGAAUCAACCUCGUAAUGCGCCAAGGGGUAAAAAUGUUUUUCUAGGCGUUCCAUUUCCUGCUCUUGUUGAUUUGCCACACAUUUUAUGA